CGUGGUUAUCUGUAAUUCCACGUUUUUAAAGCUCUGUAAUUGGAUGAUAAGUGUUAGGUAAUGCGUUGAUAAACUUCCGUCAUCUAGUUUGAGACGCAGUUGGGUUGCGUUUCGCAGCUGCGAAAUCCGUAGCUAUUUGUUCACUGUGGAAGAGGUUUCAAAGUCCUCGCGAAGUAUCUAUUGAUUGCAGAACCGUUCCUUACCAGAAGAGCUAUCAUUUUCAUCGUAAAAUGGAGCAACCCUUGAAAGAAGAGAAGUUAAAGAGCGAGUCGUGUGAUCAACCGAGUUCGUCAGCUCCCGACACAGGCAGCUCUGAGUUUCCUCGCGGCUCCGCAAAUCGUAAAGAAAGAAAACGCACUCUUACAAUGAACACAGCAUUUGCUGAGCUUCGGGAUCAUAUCCCAAACGUCCCCCCAGACACGAAGCUUUCGAAAAUCAAAACACUCAGGCUUGCCAUUAGCUACAUCAAGUUUCUGAUGGAAAUUCUCGAGGAGAGCAAUGAAGGGAAGACGAGCCGCAGUCAUCGCAACUUUGUAGCGGAUUUAUCGUUUCAAAAUGAGGGCCGAGAGAAGAGAAAAAGAGAAAAUAAUCUUGCCAGCCAAAAUGAUUCUGCUCAGAGAAAGAGAGGUCGAACGGGAUGGCCGCAGUAUGUAUGGGCAAUGGAGCUGAGGAACUAAGAUGCUCUGCCACUCCGAACCUGCUUAAUUCCUAAUACCUCCGGGCGCAAAAUGCGAACGUGAGUCCCAGGAAAGAGAAACAGAUUUUUAAACGUUGACGGUAUGGGUCGCACUUGCGAAAUCACGACUCACACGUACUCUUGGAUCAGCCACAAUUGAAUGCAUCACAUCUAUUUCCGAACCUUCGCCUGUUGUCUGCGGGACGCUAUCAUAAGACACUUCAUCUUAUUGUUCUACCGUAAUUUCGUCGUUUCAAUUUUACAAGUUAGAUGUUGGCUCUUAAAUUCACUGAUCUAGCGAACAUUGCUUUAUUACGACGUGUACAUGCAAAGCAACAUACGAAGCGUCCAAAUAAAGGUGUGAGGGGAGAUGGCUAAAUCUUCAAUGGUUGAACAAUUAAAUUCGCAAUAUAGUUUUAAUCGAUCGGUGAGUGAAAUUUUAAGCUUUUUUGACGGAGAUGGCGAAGGCGCUAGAUGCGCAUGGGAACACUCGAGAGUAUAGUGUAAAAUAAUAAACAUUUAUGGGAUUAGUUUGUUAUUGCGGAUAGUUUUGUUUUGCAGCAAAGAUAAUCAACAGCUAUGGCACUUGAGCAUCGCGAGCGACCAAUGUGAAAUAAUAUCUCGCUUAUUCUUUAAAACGUGAAUCAUUUCUCAGCAAAAUUUCACCUAUAAUAUAGAGACAACCUCUAUUUUUUAAACGUACUUGAUGACCCUUGUAAAAAACGUUGCUACAUAGACCUAUUAUCAUAAUUCAACAGAGCUCUUGUGUAGUUUAUAUUUAACAUAGAUGAAAAUCUUUGGUUGAUUUUUAAACACUUAAAGUAGUUUGUUAACUUCAAGGUACAUCAGUGAGUAAGUGGGUGGAACGAAAACACUUUAAGCUUAUUUAUUGUUAUUUUACUCGAAGUUGUGAAUAUUUAUAAAAUUACUUACUGUUUUUACUCGAAGCGCGUCACAGAAAUUUCUCGUUAAAUAGCUAUCAAAAUGUAAUAUACAAUUAAACAGAAAA